AUUUUCUUAAUUAAUGUCACUCUUAUUAAGUGUUAAACCAAAUCAAUAAAAUCUUCACCAAAGUUAAUGAUUACAAAUUCGCUGAGUUCGUGGGGUAACAUAACCAGUGGUUCUAAAAUCAUGAGUACAUUAUCAGUCGGUGCAUCGUCUGUAGGCAGUGGAGACCAUUGUCAAAGUCUUAGUGGUAGUUCAUCACCGAUACAGGUGUCACCAACUGGUAAUUAUAACCACAAGAUAUCUGGUAUACCAUGUGUUGCGGCCGCUUCCCGAUAUACAGCACCGGUUCAUAUAGAUGUUGGCGGAUCUAUCUAUACAUCUUCGUUGGAAACGUUAACAAAACAUCCGGAGAGUCGAUUGGCGCGAAUGUUCAACGGUUCCAUACCUAUAGUCUUGGAUAGUCUUAAACAACAUUACUUUAUCGAUAGAGACGGCAAAAUGUUUAGACAUAUUCUUAACUUUUUGCGAACCAAUUCCUUAGUUAUAUCCGACAACUUUACUGAAUUUGAAUUGCUUUAUGAAGAGGUCAAGUUUUAUGACAUACCAGCUCUUUUGAGACUAUUGGAACAAAUGAAGAAAGAGAAGAAUAAUGGAUCCAAUUGUUGCAACAGUCGAUGCACUUCUCCAACAAAUAGUAAUUUAUUUCCGUAUAACUAUAGCAUCAAAAAUAGAAACUCCGGCAACAAAUACCAGUCCAACAUUAAUGGCCGAAACUGUUUUAACCAUCAAAACAAUUCGGUCGACUCACGUAUGACAAUAUCGCCCACUUCUGGAGGCAUUCAUCACGACAUGGAAACGGGAAUUCAGUGUUUGGCACUAAAUAUAAGUCCAGAAUUAGGGGAAAGAGUUUGCAUUAGCGGUGAAAGAAAUCUCAUUGAAGAUGUUUUUCCAGAAAUCAGCCAAACAUUGAUGGAUUCAAGAAGUGGUGUCGCCUGGAAUCAGGACUCAAAACAUGUCAUCCGUUUCCCAUUGAAUGGCUAUUGUAAGCUCAACUCAUUGCAAACAAUUACACGACUAUUGAAUAAUGGAUUUAAAAUUCUCGCCUCCAAUGGUGGUGGGGUUGAGGGCCAACAGUUUUCCGAGUACUUAAUGGGUCGAAAAUGUGUACCGCUUUAA